AUGACAGCGUAUUCCGGCGGCGGAGGGCAUCUCGUCGACAAUAACCGGAUGACGGUCUCUCGCGGAUGCCAUUCACUGAUGCAUUGGCCGUCUCCAGCACCCACUACGGCAGGCGCUCACGUUCAAGACCGCCUCCGACCAUCAAUGUCUAUAGCGCCGACCACGAUAUCAACCACAGAGGCUACUCAUACGAGCGGCAGACAGGGCAAGACUGUUCCGGCAACGACCUUCACUUUGGACCUGCAGGGCACAGACACGAUCAUCGUGACAGUAUACGUGGAAGGCCACUUGGUGCAGAUGUCUUCCAUCGAAGUUCCAGAGCCAGGAGUCUAUCUCUACCGCGCAGGAAGCGUGCUGGAGUCUUGGACAGCUACCAAAGUCCGUACCGAAGAUACGCAGCUGUCGAACCUGAUCCACCUCGGAUCCCGCCACGAAUACCACCAUUGA